AUGUCUCAGAUUCCAACCACUCAUCGCCUUGUUACUCGUGCCUCGAACAAAGAUCGGCAUCCGGGACUCCUAGAUGCUAAGGUGCGGCGUCGGAGCCAUGCUGAUGUUACUGAAGAGCGAGAUUUGGUGGAGGCUGCAAAGGAGAGUUCUAAAGCGAAGGGUAAAGCUUCAGUCAGUAAAAUUGCUCUGUUGGAAGAUCAUAUGCAAGCUGUGUACACAUCUGACAUGGCUAAUGCGUCCAAUCCUGGUAUGAGCACCAUGAAAAAGGCGACACGGCAGAUUGCAACAGUAUCUGCAUCGAGCACUGUGAUCAGUGAAGGGGUCCUAGUCAUUCCUAAAGGUCAGAAGGCUGCUGACACCAGCAACGGAUCUCAAGAUGGACCAAGCAACCUACCGAAGAAAAUUCGACCUACCAUCAGGUCUGAAAUCAUGGCCGAAUGCACUGUGGCCGAACAAUCCUCAAAGACAAACUUAAAGAGGAAAGCUAUGGAGGGCAGUGAGCAGGAGAAGUCAAACAGCUUGGCUUCAUUUGAUGCACAGAGGUUGGCCCCUUCAGGGCUCAACCCAGGAUUCUCCACCAGGAAGGUAAAUCCGGCCUUCAAAAUCCCUGUUCUCCCCAAGGCGCAUUUGCCCUCAGCAUCCAUCAGCACUCCUAAACAACAGGCUGCACCCACUCACAAUAAGAUGGACGUGGAUAGGAAUGAGGACCAGGCGGCCUUAGACACUGACCGCGGUGAUAGCGAUAACGUUAUCUUGGGAGCCGAUUAUGGCGGUCUUGAAGAUGAAGAUGAAAGCCGUGAAGGUGCUGCCAUUCCACGAGUCAUGGCCAGGCAGCGCAACAAGGGGUCCUUGAACAAAGAGAAAGGUCACGACUUCAAUACUACUAACAAAACUAAGGUACCCAGCCUUCUCAUUACCCAUGGGCAUGGGUUCUCCAUGCGAGCCAUACAGGCAGACAACACCAAUCACAACGCAGUGAUGCCAGCUGACCUUGAUAAGGAUGGAGAUACUAUCAAAGAAUUUGAGAGUCUGCCUUGUCACAUGCCUGCGAGCGUCAAGAUCCAGCACCAUAACCUCCCUGAAGUCGACCAAUUCCCCCUGCUGUCGCAGCCGCGGAAUCAAUCCAAGUCCGGGCGCUCCAAUGGAUUUUCGAUAGAUGACCUGCCUGCUGGAACUCAAGCACGCUGGCGGCGUAUCUUCAUUCCCUCCUGGCGCGACUUCGUCGGCACAUUGGAGAAUCCAUGGGAUGUAUCAAGCCUGAUCCACGAGCUUCAACAGCUAUGGGAUGCAGUAUUCCCAUCUGUCCCUCACACAGUCGCACACACCGAGGUUGUGCUAUGCAACAUAUCUAUGAAUGGUGCAACGGGUUCACAAUCGCCGCGCUUCUACCAUGACCUCAACGACAAAUCCGGCGAUGGUGCAUUCUGGAAUGGUGAUCAGGUAUUCAAAGACAAGGGCGAGAGAGCGGAGUAUGCGAGGUGGGCCAUUGCUCAUGACAGGAAGAUUCCCUUCCUAUGGAACUUCUUCGAUGAUACAGAUCCUAUCAAUGUGAAAAGUAAAGGAGCAUUCGAAUCUCCAUGGGGAAGGCAGAUCAAACAACUGACAUUGCGAGAAGAGUAUCACGGGAACGAGAAAUGGUCUGAGCAAAAUGUAUGCCGAAGAGACAGGGGUGGGCGAAAGCCCGUGAGGCUUUCCGAUGUGCAGCAGAAAGAACGUCUAAACAGAAAAUGGGGCAAGAAAGAGGUCAGCCGCGAUGGGAGGGUGGGACCAUCGCGGAGCGCCUGUCCUAUCAGUGGGGAGAAAGACAAGGAGGGUGGAAAGGAACGACAUGGGCAAAAUGCAAUUGGUAGCAUGUGGGAGUAUCUGGUGCAGAGAAAAUAA